ACCCACAUCCGGGUGUUUACGGUUCCCGAUUGGCGACCCGUCGCCAUAUGCCUGACAUUAUUUAGCUGAACUAAAAUUUGGGUUAAAACCCAUUUAUUCAUCCGUUUUCCUCUUUUGGAGAGCGGAUAACGCCUUGUGGGGCGCAACACUUCCUACGCCAAGGAAAAACGGCGCUUUUCAAGGGGCGAGGCCCCGCUCUUUGGGCACUUGUUUUUUUGCGUUAGCACUGUUUUUACUGAGACAUUUAGCUUGUGUCUCUGUUUUUCUCUCGGUUUGUUUGUGGUCAAGAUGUCGCCGUAAUGGGGUCUCCGCGUUUGACAGAAAUGAAUAAGGGCCUUCGUCGCCUGACCCGCAUUCGCAACGACCCGUUGUUCUCCCCGUUUAAUGCUAGAGAGCUCGGAGGCUCUUUCCCCGGAGUUCGGCCUCAAUAUGGAGAAAAACCCAAACGCCAACAACAGCAGCAGCACGAAGAUCCCGCCCCGCUCCAGCUCUACAGGCUCGACUCCUGCAGACUCUAAAGCCAAAACAGAUGGUAAGAAUAAUGGUGGCUCAAAGCACUAUAGUCGCAAGCGUGAGCCCACAUUUGCCAAGGCUGAGAGCUUUCCGGGCCCACGCCGCUCCCAGCCACAAAAAAGCAAGAAUUUUGACAAGAGACCCCCUCAGAGAGGUGGCGGAGGGGUGCGACAGUAUGGACUCGCUGGUGGUGGGAGAAGAGAAGAGGUAGCAGAGAACCACCGGGCAGAGUUUAGCCCGGCUCAGUUUGCUGGACCCAAAAAGAUAAGUCUGAACCACCUGCUCAACUUCACGUUCGAGCCACGAGGAGGCCAUUUUGGCUCCGCAGUUGAUGGCCACUACUGCUGGGGUCGCCGCAACAAGUGGGGUCACAAACACAAGCCCUUCAACAAGGAGCUUUUCUUGCAGGCUAAUUGCCAGUUUGUGGUAACUGAUGAUCAGGACUACCAAGCCCACUUCACUGAUCCGGACACUUUGGUGGACUGGGACUGUGUGCAGCAAGUGCGCAUCUACAGUCACGAGGUGCCGUCUUGUCCGAUCUGCCUGUAUCCCCCUGUGGCGGCCCACAUCACGCGCUGCGGCCACAUCUACUGUUGGCCAUGCAUGCUGCACUACCUCUCUCUGAGCGAGAAGAGUUGGUCCAAGUGCCCCAUUUGCUAUGAGGCCGUGCACAGCGCUGAUCUCAAGAGUGUGGUUGCAAUGGAGACGCGUCAGUAUGUGACUGGUAACGUCAUCACUAUGCGUCUGAUGAGGAGAGAGAAGGGAUCGCUGGUGGCUCUUCCCAGCUGUCAGUGGGUGAAGGUGGAAGAGCCCAUUCAUUUUGGAGAUGUGCAUUUGCGCGCAUACUCUAAGCUGCUGUUGGCAUCUCAGGAGCAGGUUUUGGGUUUGCUGAGUGAAGAGAGGGUGGCUCUCCGAACCCAGCUCAGCCAAGAGAAAGACGACCCGCAGGCCUGUUUCAUACAGAGCGCCUUGCUGCAGCUGCAGGAGCGUGAGGAGCGUCUUUUGAAGGGAGGCUGUAAAAAUGGUGGUUCUGUUGAUGGGGCGGACAUGAGGAAGCUGUCUCUAUCUGAGCACUCCUCUCCAGAGGUGACCGUGGUCAAGAACCUCACAAAUUCAAAGCCCAUCCUGCAGUAUGCUUCAGCAUUUGAUGAUGAGCUUCAGAAGGAUCAUGAGGAGCCUGUGGAAGAGAUGGCUGCUCAGAGUAUUCCUGAGGUGGCCGAAGAGAUGCCUGAAAGAGCUGUGGAGGACAAUCGCUGUCUGCUGAGAGAGUACGGGAGCCUGGAGAACAGCCCUCAGUCUAUCACCGCUACCGUAGUGGAGAUUGAUGGACAGACUGUCACUGAGGAUAUUCGCCGUCGACAUCGUUACCUCUCUCACCUGCCGCUCACCUGUGAGUUCAGUCUGUGUGAGCUCAAACUUGAGCCACCCAUUCUCUCAAAAGAGACCGUGGACAGCUUUGCAGAUGACUUGGAGAAACGGAAGCGCCUUAGACAGAAGAAAGCAAGGGAUGAAAAGAGAAGGGAGAAGCGGAUCGAAAUUGAGGAAAACAGGAAACACGGGAAAUAUCCAGAGGUGCACAUUGGGCUGGAGAACCUCCAGCAUUUUCCUGCUUUUGGAUCUCCACCUCAGAGCGACUCACAGGUGCAGCUCCCAGAGUUCCUGCUGGGACCUCCGUCUCCUCUGAGCGGCAGCCCUUCAUCAGAUGGAGUGAUGUUUCCUAAUCUGAGUGAGCACAGUCCAUCUCCGAGCGUAGCCAGUGUGGAAGAGGACUUUCACUGCAUGUCCUUCGCUCAGAUGCUGAAAGAUGGGAAAGCCCGUGUGGAUGCCGGGCCUAAAACCACCCCAAAGAAAGCUGACAUGUUCCUGGCCCCACCUCAGGCAGACAGUGAUGGAGAGAGUGACGGCUCUGAUCGGGUCCCAGUACCCAGUUUCCAAAACUCCUUCAGUCAGGCUUUUGAGCAGGCUUUGUCACAGCUGGACCAUGGAAGUCAAACUCCAGCACAGGCUUUACCCAUCCCUGAUGAGAAAGGGGGGAAGAAGAAGAAGAAAAAGCAGAAGCUUCUGUUCAGCACCUCUAUGGUUCACACCAAGUAAAUGCUGAAGCCCACCCUUCACUCCUGUUUCUACCUUCUGCCUUAUUCCUCCCAUAUGCUUAGGUUUCAUUAGGUCCCUCAACAGCAGUUUCCCCUUCUUUUUUCUUGCCCCUGUUGAAUGAGACCCUCUCCAGACGUUCAGUGACAGUGGCUCAGUGAUUGUACAAACCAUAGACUCAGUAUUAUAGAUCAGACCCACAGUUGUCCACUGUUUCUUACAGAAGGGACAUGUGCUGAAAUUAAAGAGCUCUACAUCAGGUACAUUUGACACGGCGCUGUAGUUUAGAGCUGAUGCUCCAUUAUUAUCCAAAAUGUGGGUGGAAAAAAAUGACAUGGUUUUUGGUUAUGGGUUGCAGUUAUAUAUUUUGGGGGGUCCUGAGAUAGCAGUCAGCCAGCUGCAGAAAUGUCCCUCCAUCAUAUCUAACACAUUUGUACUUCAACCAUGGUGUUUAAAAAUAAAUCAAAUCAAAUUUAGCAUUGCUAACAGCAGAAAAAAAUGUGUAGAACUUGUGGUGAGGAUUAUAUGCAUUUGAGUUCUUCUUCCUGUCAGGCACAUACACAGAACUAUGCUGAUUGUAACACGUUCUUGCUUGUUAAUAAGCAGGAAGAAAAAUGUGUGGUGGCAUUUAAACAAACAAGUUCUGAGCUCUAGUCAUGGACUUCAGUCUCUUACCAGCUGUUAUCAUCUGUCCAGCCUAAGAACUGCCUUUCACAAUCAGACCCAUUAAUAAUACGUAAAAAGACAUCAUUGUUCUGCUGGAAGAAUUCAGUGGGUCUUUUAAGCCCUUGACUUUGUUAGAACCUCCAACUCUUAGACAGAAUUCAGAGCUGCUCAUGUUCAAUAGUGUUCAGAUGUUAGAGGCAUCAGAGACAAGCCGACUCCACUGCUUGCUACGUUUUCAGUGAAGAAAAUAUGUAAAGACCGAGAAAGGCUAUAUAAAAUGUAGAGGGUUUAAUUUUUCUCUUUAUUUUCUUUUUUCUGAUGAGACCUGUGAUACAGAACCUGCAUAUAGACUAAGUUGAAUGAAUAAAGGAUUAUUAUGCACUGGCA